AUGAUUAGGCAAAGCAGAAAGCCUGUUCGCGUCUCCCGCCAACUUCUUCCCCUUCCCCUUCCCCUUCCCCUUCCCCUUCCCCUUCCCCUUCCCCUUCCCCUUCCCCUUCCCCUUCCCCUUCCCCUUCCCCUUCCCCUUCCCCUUCCCCUUCCCCUUCCCCUUCCCCUUCCCCUUCCCCUUCCCCUUCCCCUUCCCUUCCCUUCCCUUCCCCUUCCCCUUCCCUUCCCCUUCCCCUUCCCCUUCCCCUUCCCUUCCCCUUCCCCUUCCCCUUCCCUUCCCCUUCCCCUUCCCCUUCCCCUUCCCCUUCCCCUUCCCCUUCCCCUUCUCCUUCCCCUUCCCCUUCUCCUUCUCCUUCUCCUUCUCCUUCUCCUUCUCCUUCUCCUUCUCCUUCUCCUUCUCCUUCUCCUUCUCCUUCUCCUUCCCAUCCCCCCAACAGUGGGGCAGCCUCUCCCCUCGUACCCCACCCCCCCACCCCCUUUCCUCCGCGCAGGCGCGUCGCAGGCGGCCGAACGACCGGCGGCGAAUCGCAGCCGCCCAGGCGCGCGACACGCAGCGGGCGGCGGGCAGGUCCCAGAGGGACAGGCGCGCGAGGCAGGCGAGCGCGAGGUCAUGGGGCAGGCCGGGUAG